CAUGGGAACCACACACUGAUUGUUGCAACUUCAAGUGGUUUGGUGUUUCUUGUUCAUCCUUAACAAAUGAUCAUGUCACUGAUCUAAGUAUCUCGAAUGUAACACUUACUUCUCGAUUCCCUCCUUCGAUUGGCCGUGCCAGUGUUUCUUUCCGAAAUUGCUCCUUCAAGAAUACGUGGAGCAUUGAAUAUACUUUUCCAACUUAAUGUCACUAUUGGCAUUUUGUUUGCUAACCUUGUCAACUAUGGAACCAACAAAAUCAAAGGUGGAUGGGGUUGGAGGCUAUCUCUAGGGUUGGCUGGUAUCCCAGCACUUCUCCUAACACUUGGUGCCAUCUUGGUUGUGGACACUCCCAACAGUCUCAUAGAACGUGGUCGUACGGAAGAAGGAAAAGCGGUACUCAAAAAGAUCCGUGGCAUCGAUAAUGUUGAACCAGAGUUCUUGGAGCUUGUUGAGGCAAGUCGUAUAGCUAAAGAGGUUAAACACCCCUUUAGAAAUCUUCUUAAACGCAAAAACCGUCCUCAACUUGUCAUUUCGGUCGCCUUGCAAAUAUUCCAGCAAUUCACAGGCAUCAACGCGAUCAUGUUUUAUGCGCCGGUGUUAUUCAACACAUUGGGAUUCAAGAAUGAUGCCUCCCUUUAUUCCGCUGUGAUAACCGGUGCUGUGAAUGUGCUCUCCACAAUUGUAUCUAUCUACUCAGUGGACAAAGUUGGACGCCGUAUGUUGCUGUUGGAAGCCGGUGUACAAAUGUUCUUGUCUCAAGUCGUGAUAGCUAUCAUUUUGGGGAUCAAGGUCACAGAUCAUUCGGAUAACCUUUCGAAAGGUUAUGCAAUAUUCGUAGUUAUCAUGGUUUGCAUUUAUGUUUCUGCUUUUGCUUGGUCUAUAGGUCCUCUUGGAUGGCUUAUUCCAAGUGAGACAUUUCCAUUGGAGACCCGUUUAGCCGGACAAAGUGUCACUGUUUGUGUCAAUUUGCUCUUCACCUUUGUUAUUGCACAAGCUUUUCUAUCCAUGUUAUGUCAUUUCAAGUUUGGCAUCUUCUUGUUCUUCUCUGGUUGGGUUUUCAUGAUGUCAAUCUUUGUGUUUUUCUUGGUGCCCGAGACGAAGAACAUACCAAUUGAAGAGAUGAUUGAAAGAGUAUGGAAGCAACAUUGGUUUUGGAAGAGGUUUAUUGAAGAUGAUCAUGACAAUGAGAAAAUAGAAAAUGCUGAUAAUUGUAACUUUUUGUUUUAAUUUGUGCAAUUUUGGUCCUGCCCGUCUAAAUUGAAGCACAAUUUAAACUGCGUCGGUCUAUUACCGCGUUAGCUCCCCUCCAAUUUUUUUAUUUUAAUUAAAUAAUAAAAGAUAAAAAAGGAGGUGGGGGGGGGGGGGGGGGGCGAGCGGCAGCGGCUCCAAGCGAUGACGGCGAGAGGUGCUUGAGUGGAAGAAGCUGAGGAGGAACUGGGUGUUGACAGUUAAGCUUCAGUUGUCAACAAGUAUAAAAGAAAGAACUCAAAAAGAUACUGCGAAUUAAUUUGACAAA